GGACAGAAUCUUGAAUUGAUUUGUUACUUCACGCUUUUACAGUUCAGUAUUUCAGUACAUGUCAAGUACAGAAAAAGUCAGAAAUCCCAACAGCUCGGCAAGCUUAACACUGGAAAAGUUCAUGGUUAAACUGUGUACUCCCCAUCAAAAACAGUUUAUUAAUGUGUUAAACAAUAUCUGCACUGAAGACUCAUCUAAUCAAGAAAAUAGCACUGUUAUUUCUGAUCAGCAGAACAUGGAGUUAGACAGUAAAGAGUAUGCCAAAACCAUAUUUGACCCCUCAUUGUUGCACCUCAAUAAAUUAGUGUGUCAUACCCCUUCAAAUGCACCUACAGAUUUGGACAUUAAAAAUAAUGCUACAGACUGUGCAGGUAACCAAGCGUUCCUUGAUCUGGUUCCAGAGUAUUUAACUGCAACAGAGAGGCUGUCUCCUGCUGGCUGUUCAGUGACUAAAUGCACACUUUUAAACUGCUCUUUCUUGUCCACUGACCAUGGAGAACAAACUACAGAAAAAAAACUUGUUUUAUGUAUGAAAACAUCAGAAAAACAGUAUAAAAUUCAUAAUAUGAUCUGCCAAACUAGUUUCACCGAAAGGUGUUUUGUACCUCAAAAGCAUUUACUGAAAGACCUGUCAAAUGAUACACCAGGUUCAGAGUUUGGUUCAGUCAUACCUAAAAUAUCAGAGAACGAAAAUUCUCUUCAGUCUUUUCCCAAAUCACUACUUCUGCAUGCAGCGGAGAGCGACUGUAAUUUAAAGCAAGACAGUUCCGUAAAUUCAAGCAACAUGGACAACCGUUUUGUUAAUGGUGAUAUAAAUUCACUGAAAUCUUGUUGUCCUAAAUCCGUUUCUUUGCCAUCUUCAUGCAAAAAUGGUUUACAAGAGAAUAUUAAGCCACACACGUCAAUUGAAAAAUGUAAAAGAACUGAGAAAGUGAGCGAUGACCAAAAUUACAUUGUUUCCUUAAAUCAUCCAAUAAAUGAACAUAGACUGGAAAAUCCAAGUUCUGCAUUAUAUACAGUGACUGCAGAAGAAUAUAACACUGCGCCACAAUUGGCUACCAAUGUAGGAAUUCCAGAGGCUUUGUCAGAAGGGUUUAUAUCACUUGUAUGUAACAAAGGAUGGAAAGACCCCAUUCCCCUGAGUGAUCCAUCUAGUAAAAAUAAAACUGAAACCCAACUUGGUCCUCGGGCUGUAGACUCUGCCUGUUGCAACUGGAAAGUUACAGCAUUAGGACAAGCGGAAAAUUGCAUUGGGCCAGUUACUAUAAGUAAUUUGUCACCUGGAGAUUUUGGUCAAGAAAUGAUUCAGUAUGUAAAUGAAAGUGUUAAAAGUUGUACAGAGAUUGAUCUCAUUACACCCAGUCUUAUGUGUAAUGCACAUAAGAGCAUUGAAAAUGUUCCUAUUACAGUAAUUCAGAACGAAUGUUCUGCAGAUGUGAAUUCAGCCUAUUCACAAAAUAUACCUGUUUUUAACACCAAUUGUGCUGAGAUUGAAGAACCUCAACCAACCACAGAGGAGUCUGUAUCUCUUUCUUGUUGCAGUGAUAUUCAGGGUAACAUCUUAACUCCUAUUUGCUGCUCAAAUCUAGAAAAUUCUGGGAAUUUAUUUCAGUAUGUAACAUUUUCAGUAGAUGGGCCUGGUAGUGAGCAUUCCACAGACACUGUCAAUAUAUCUUCAUUUUGCAAGGGUGACCUGGCAAUUCCUGAUAUACAUGUAGAAAAAUGUUCAGUUCUUAAAAAUCUAGGUACUUUAGAACUAUUACAAAAAACAAUUGGAUGUUCAGCAUUUCCAAAUAUCAAAGGAAAACAGGUGUUUGGUCAUAAGCGCAUUCAUAAUUCAGAAAUGGGAAUUGUAGAGUCUGCAUUAAUAAACGAGCGUGAACAUUUUAGUUCAGAUUUUUCAGGCAGUUUACAGAUCGAAAGAGAAUAUUCAUCUGAAGGGAAUAGAAUAGAUUAUGGCAAUGUUCUAAGUACAACAAAGGAGGAACUUGAAGAUAAAUGUCCAGAAAUGUUAGAAUCUUUUCAAGUAAAACUAAGAUGUUCGACUGCAGCAAAUAAUUUAGAUGAAAGUUCUAUGUUUAUUUCCAUUAAGGAAAAUAUUCCCAGUCUGUUGUCUAGCAGUGCUGAACAUUCUGUCAGUGGUCUAGAAAAAGAAACUGCAAUUAAAGAGGGGCAGCAUUGUGAUAUCACUACAUUAUCCAAUGAGCAAAACAAAAUACUAAACUCCUUGGUAACAAAGAGUUUGAGUGAAGAGAAAACCAUAAACACAUACAAUCUAAAAUCAGAAAAUGUUUUCAAUGAUAAAAUAUCAUCUAUGUCAUUAAAAAAGAAAUCCAAAAACAUUCUAGCCCCAUCUGACAGACGUUUAAGAAGUCGGCAUACCCAAGAAUCCGUGGAAAACUACAGUGUAUCUGGUACUAUUUCAGAUACACUGCAAAGUCCAAAUCUUCAGAUUUAUGUAUCCACGCUUCCAGAUACAAAUAAUUUAGAGCGGGUUGUAGAGGUUAGAAGUAAAACAAUAUUAAAAUCUACCCUAAACCCUAAAAAAAAUAUUUGUGAGAAAACAAUUGACCGUUCUGAGAAAAAUGAUCCAGAGCUUAUGUUAAGAAAUUUCCCAACUACAGAAAUGGGUGUUUUUUCUGACAACUGUUUAUCAAAUAAAAUGUCUCUCCGAUGUAAGCAGAAAAAAAAAGUUAAAAUAUGUGUGAAUGUAAAUUCCAAAGAAAGGAGAGUUUAUUUUCCUUCAGAAAAUAGUUUGAGAAGCACAGAUGAUGGGGAUAUAGAUCUAAAAGUCAAUACAUCGAUGUUAACAACUACCUCACACUCAUUCAGGACAAGGAAGGAAAACAAACGCAGGGCAAAAAAACUAAAACAUGAAAGUUUGGCUUUAUUGAAUUGCAGUUCAGCACCUAUCUCACUGGAAAAUACAAAUAACCAGUUCAACAGAAAAGCAAAUAAAUCACAGCAUACUGGCCAACAGUCACAUGAUUCUUUGAAUGCAGUUAGCCUAAAUGAUAAGAAUAUUCCAAACCACAAAUCAAAAUUUGUUGAAUGGUAUUCAGAAGAAGAAAAUCAGGAACGGAUAGCCAAUUUUAACACCAAGUUUAUGUCACUUCACAAGCGCUGGAUUCCACUUGAAAAGGAAACUCCAAAUGUACAAAAAUCUAAAAAUAAAUCUGACAAAUUGAAGGAAAUUUGGAAAACAAAGAAAAGAUUGCGCAAAAUCAGAAGUACACAAGAAUCUCAACAAUGUUCUGCUAUGCAAAUGUUAUUUCUGAGUAAACUUAAUUUUUCUGAUAUUUGUAAAUAUUUUUUGGAAACAACAGAAACAAGAUCUUUAGUGAUUGUAAAAAAAUUGAACACCUGUCUUCCUGAAGAUCUUCCUUUACCUAUAAUUCCGCUGCCAAAGUAUCCAUCUUUCAUUUCUUAUCAUCAUACUUUACAAGCAGAACGAUUGAAAAAACAUCUUAAAAAAUUUGCUUCUGUUUUUCCUGCUCGUAAUAAUCACAAGACAAAAGAAGCUAUAGUUAAUUUAAUUCGAAAUGAAGAAUUGCAGCCAAGUAAAACUGACUUUGAUGGAAAAGGAAAAUGUGAUACAAUACAAAAACCUGGACUCAAAAGGGAAAAGUCAUUGGUUAACUUAAAUAAUCCUGUUGUGGCCCAAGGAAAAAAGUGCAACAGUGUUCAUGGAAAGUUACAACUCCAGAGCUUGUCUAUACCAUAUGCAAAAAGUAAACCUGAAUUAAAUGUUAAAGAACGCAAUCCAAAUUCUAAAACGAGCAACAGAAAGGGCACAUAUUCCAAAUUAUCCCUGGAGGUUACAAGAGAUAUACCUAAACUCAAAAAAUUGUCUGCUGACAAACAAAGAGGCCAGAAACGUUCUAAAGAACACCUUAUAAAGUCUGAAGCACAUUUAAGAAAGAAACUGAAAACUGAUCUAAAAGCCAGCACAGAAAAUGUCAGUUACAGUAAGCAUUCAUUACCAGCCAAUAAAGUUCAAAAAGUUAAAUUAGAUGCUGGUGUCAGUCUUCAGAACAAGCAAAUAGCAAAUAAAAUGGAUAAGCCUGAGAAUGAGUGUCUGAAAAAUAAGAAAGCAACAACAAAAAAAGGUUCCAGCAAAGUUCAACUUGUGGGCCUUACAUGUUCAGCUAAAACGAAUAAAAUUAAAUCAACAAAGCAAAAACAUUUUCUGUCUAAAAGAACAAGAGAUACCGCAACAUCAUCACAGAUUAAAAGGACAGCUGAAAAGAUGCUUACUAGAUCUUUGAGUAAAAGAGCUUCUGGGCCGCCACAACAAAAGAGAAAUCAAAAGUCAAAAUUGGACCCUACAAAACAUAUCAAGAGAGAUUCAUUUCAGGUUAAAUAAAUUACUUUGCUGUGGUACAGUCAUAUUUUGCAUUAAAUAGUUUUAUAAGCUAUAGCAAUUCAGAGAAUCUGCAAAUCUGUUUUAAGAAGAACUGUAGCUAACCCACAAGUGGCUGUGAUAUAUUAAAUCUCUAUUUGGAUAUGUUUUCACAUAUAUUUGUUAGAUUUCAUACGUUGGCAGGACUUUAUUUCGAACUGGAUAUUAUUUUUGAAUCAUCUAAAGAAUGCUCAUUUUAUUUUUCUGCCUCACUUUUAAGACACAAAACUUUUUGAAUAGACUCUUAGGGGGUAAUUUAUCUAAAUUUUUUCUGAAAAAAACUCCGACCAAAUCUGCACAGGUUUAUUCGCCUUAUUUAUUAAUACACUUUCCCGAAAAAUUUGUUUGCACGAAAAAACUCAAAACAAUCAUGAA